AUGAGCGUAUUACUCAACGAGACAUUGGAUAGCAUUGAGCCAACAUUUAAUUUGCCAUUGAUUAUGGCCAUUGUCUGGAUUAUAAAUAAGGAUUAUGCCAUCUAUACCACGUCACCGGUAACAAUUGGUCAAUAUGCGAAAAAUUGGCGUAAUCGCCGUUUUCAAAGCGAUUUAAUUGAUGAGGUGCUGCGUCGGGCACAAACUCCCAGUGCUCAUAUAACAUAUCAAGUGGAAGGUGAAAUUUAUCCAAAAGACACCAGCGAAGAGAAUAUGAGCAGCGAGGAACUGUUGGAGAGAUUCUAUAAGAGUUAUGCUAAUCGUGAGAAGUCUAUAUGGUUUUUGGAUAGCCUGGAAGCGUACAAUAAAUUCGAAAGGGAUUUAUUGGAUACGAAGCAACAUCACCAUCGCAGUGGUUAUUUUAUUUUGGUGUAUACGGGGAAGGAAGCCGAUCGUCUGGGUAAUAUCAAGGAGAUGUUUAAACGCCUUUUUAGUUUGUAUGUGACAAAUGUUAAUGUCAUGCUGAUGAUGGGCAAAUACCCUUAUCUGUACACUUAUUUCCCAUUUGCACCCAAUAAAUGUCAUUCGUCGAGCCCGAGCUAUUUUGCCUCAUUUCAAGGCGUUGAAAAGAAUCCAAAUUUUACCUUGGGUAAAAAUCUGUUUCCCACUAAGGUGGAAAAUAUGCAUGGUUGCAGUUUAUCGGUAAUUACCUGGACGUACUUGCCAUAUAUUGUGGUGGAGCGGAAUGAAGAGACGGGCGAAUUGAUAUCUCUACAUGGUAUUGAGGGUUCGGUAAUAUCACUGCUGGCAGAACGUAUGAAUUUUACCAUAGAAAUUAAGCAGCCUAAUACGAAUGAUAGAGGUGAUAUUUAUCCGAAUGGUACGGCAACGGGGGCGGCUAAAAUGAUCCUUGAAAAGAAAGCCAAUAUUACAAUUGUAUCCUAUAUGUACAAUAAAGGACGGGCCGAUGUAAUGUCAGCCAGUGCCAGUUAUUUGAACCUACCCUAUCUCCUGGCUAUACCCCAGGGCAGACCUUUGACCGCAUUCCAACGUCUCAUCAAGCCAUUUCGUUACAUCAUAUGGUCCUGUUUUACUUCCAGUUUUUUGUUCGCCAUUUUAUGUAUCUAUUAUAUCCGCUUCUUGGGCAAGACAAAGCUAAUGAAUUUCAUAUAUGGUCAGGGUAAUCGCAUACCUUUCACUAAUCUACUGUCAACAUUGUUGGGAGGUGCCGUCUACAGUAAUCUGCCCUAUAGGAAUUUUGCCCGAUUUUUGUUAACAGUUUGGAUUUUAUAUACACUGGUUUUGAGAACCGCCUAUUCGGGUGAGCUCUUCAAUAUCCUGCAGGAUGGCAAGGCUCGGAAUAAUUUCAAAACUCUUCAAGAAGUGGUGGAAAGGAACUACACCAUUUAUGCAUUUCCAGCUGUGGAGGCGGUUUUACAAUUUGUAAAUCCCAAACCGAAUACAGGCACCGUAGAUGCUGUUAAUAGUGUUCCGGUACUUUUUGAAAAAAUCUCCGAUCCUAAUACAAAGGAGAAAAUUGCUCUUUGCCUGCUGGAAUAUUCGAUAAGGUCGUAUAAUCAACAAAAUCCCACAAGACGUGUGGAAAUUUUACCAGAAUCUGUUGUAACCUCACCCAUUGUUUUCUAUAUGCCCCAUCAUUCGUAUAUAAGGGCACAGACAGGCGAACUGAUUAUGCAGAUGUUGCAGGCAGGGAUAAUGAAAAGAUUCGAAUCGAUUUAUUUAUAUGUUGCCUGGAAACAACAGCGCAGUCAAG